AUGUCUGCCCCCAAGAGUGAACCAAAGACCAUUGGAAACGGAAUCAAAUUCCUCUUCGGGGGAACUGCCGGAAUGGCAGCAACAGUUUUCGUUCAGCCACUGGAUCUUGUAAAAAACAGAAUGCAGUUGAGUGGUGUGGGCGGAGAAAAGAGACAGUACAAGACCAGCUUCCAUGCUCUGGCAUCCAUCUUGAAAAAUGAGGGAGUUCUGGGGAUCUAUACAGGUCUCAGUGCAGGCCUACUUCGACAGGCUACCUACACAACAACUCGACUGGGCAUUUAUACGUCACUGUUUGACUUCUUUUCCAAAGAUGGAAAGCCUCCAAAUUUUUUGAUGAAAGCUCUGAUAGGUGUGACAGCCGGAGGAGCUGGAGCCUUUGUGGGAACUCCUGCGGAAGUGGCGCUCAUCAGGAUGACUGCAGAUGGCAGAUUGCCAGUCGAGGAGAGAAGAGGUUACAAGAAUGUUUUCAAUGCUUUGGGAAGAAUAGUCAAGGAGGAAGGAGUACUGACACUUUGGAGGGGGUGUAUACCGACUGUGGGACGGGCUAUGGUGGUGAACGCUGCCCAGUUGGCUUCAUACUCACAAGCAAAACAAAUUCUUGUCUCUACUGGUUAUUUCAGAGAUGGCCUGUUUCUCCACUUUGUGGCCAGCAUGAUCAGUGGUCUCAUCACAACUGCAGCCUCCAUGCCUGUGGACAUUGCUAAAACCAGAAUACAGAACAUGAAAACUAUCAAUGGGAAACCAGAGUAUUCUGGAGCUCUUGACGUCUUGACUAAAACUGUAAGACAAGAAGGAUUUUUCAGUCUGUGGAAAGGAUUCACGCCGUACUAUGCUCGACUGGGGCCCCACACUGUGCUGACCUUUAUCUUCCUGGAGCAGAUGAAUCAGGCGUACCGCCACUAUGUAUUGCAUGACGACUCCGCUGGUGGCGGCUUGUAG